AUGAUAGAAUCUCAAACUGACUCGGAAAGUGAAGUUAAGGAAGAGAAAAGUAAACUAAACGAUAAAACAGGUUGUGCCGUUUUGGGUACUGAAGAGAGCAUUGUCAAGGAAACAACUAACGUCGAGUUCAAACUUAACAACACUAACAACAAGGCUCGUUAUGGUCGUAAGAAGCACUCCAGUCAUGUCUUUGCUAGCUCGUUGAGGUCUGGGAAAUUUUGGUUACGAGUUUUUCGGCCAUGGAAGUGGCGAAAACGGCAUCACAAAGAAUGUCUAAGGCGAGUAACGAGUGAUUUAAGGCAAGCAGCUUCUCCACCAACCGUAAUGCCUUCUUCAUUUAGUGCUUUGGAGCCGAUUUCCACGGUAGCAGAUAUGGAUGAGACUUAUAGACCUGAAAAAUGGGGUUCUUGCAAUUUUUCCGUUGAAGAAGUGGAUGACAUUCAUCUGCAACUAUCGAAAGAACAAAGUUCUGCUGAAAAUAUUCUUCGUUUGACGGCUGAAGAAAUGGUCGUGGCGCCGAUACAAAAAGUAGUAAUAAUUGGACAUAAGGAAGAAUCUGCUAGUGAUGGAGCAAAUUCAAGUACUAUGUUAGCCUUUACUGGCCACUUUGGGAAAGAAAGUUUGGAAAAUUUUGAAGAAAUGACUGAUGCAACAGAAGGUCAGUUUUAUAAAUAUAAAUAA